AUGCUCUUCGUGGAUCUACUCAACGGAGUGAACGUAAAUUACAAAAGGAAGGUGCCCAUAUGUAAAAGACCAACGAGAAGUGCAGAAUAUCUCUCCAAUCAACCCCUGCAUGCGAACCGAAACGUAGAACAGACCUCUUCAAAAAAUGGCGAGGCAUCCAUCACAAACCAUGAGGACGAAAAAGAUGAAAACAUUUUGCAGCAAUACAUUUACACCCUUUCCCACUUGACCAUCUUCGACGUGGAUAGGGAUAAAAGCACGCCCCUAAAUAUUGCCCUUCUUUUAAAGGCCUGUCUAGCAUCCCACAAUUACAUCAAAAAUGUGGAGAUCUUCACCUCCAACGUGAAGAACAAAGAAAUAUGCUCUUUCAUUUACGAAAGGAGAAACGACUUUGACGCCUUCUUCAAGCUGCAUGUAAUGAAGUACAUAGACUUUUUUGGAAAUCCCCAAAUCGUGGAAACGCUAAAAUCUUCCGUUGAUAAUAAGGAAAUGUAUCAGCGCGAAUUAGAAAUAUUUAAUCAAAUCGAUGGAGAAACGAAACUGAGGAAAGAUCUACUGGAAGACAUACUAUUUGAAUGUACGCGGCUGAACAAAAUUAUUCAAUACUCCCUUGCAGUUAAUAACUUUAAUUUAUUUUCCCCCACAGUUUUGCUCAAACUAUUUACGUACUUUAAACAUUAUGGGGUUUAUUACUCCAUAUUUUUGAAUAACAUUAAGAAGGUUAAAUAUUAUUACCAAACGAAGGACAUACGGGAGGAAGACAAAAGGAAGAUUGAAAAAAUUGUCGACCAUUAUUUGCUCACUUUGGAUCGGUUCAACCAUAUGUAUGAGGCUGGUCAUGUGACGCUGUAA